AGAAGGAAGGAUUCCACGACGUCCACAGCGACUGGGAGCCGCAAGCUGCCGCGAGUCAACAACCUGCACCUAGUCAACCCACCGCUGCAAUCGGUAUGGAGCAGGAACCGCAAAACCUCCGGUAUCGCGAUGAAAACGGCGAUUUCGACCCGUCCAAAAUGCCAGUCGGUGCUGUCGCGAGGGUGGAAGACUUCGGAUUGCUGCCAAGUUCAGAAAAAUGGUUCAUGA